UUUGCUCAAUUUGUUUACUUUGAUUUUGUUUAAUAUUAUGAGUUUCUUUUGUAGCAUUAAACUGGAUGAGCAACUGAAAGUUUCAGAAAAAAUGUUUUCUUUUUGAAAGAAGAACUGAAGGUACCGAAAUGGAAAAUAUUGAGUAGAAGGCAAUGCUAUCUUCCAUUAUGUCCGGUUUCAAUUCCACUAAACUUCAAACUGUGGUUGACAAUCUUCCUGUCAAUCCAACCCUAAUUGCAAAACUUAAAGCAGGCAACUUGUGUUCAUUAAAGAAGAUCCUUCAUCUUUCAAUACCAGAACUUCAAAAGUGUGCUAAAGUAUCAAAAGGUGAAGCUAAAAUCAUCAUUGAAGCGGUUUCUCAUGCAGUUCUUGAAACAGAUCCAAUAUCAGGUUUUGAUAUUUUUUAUGAACCAUCUUCUAAAGAAAAGCUAUCCUUAGAUUCCUUCAAGAAUUUUGAUGGAAUAUAUGGUGGAACGAUUACUGAAAUCUGUGGGGAAAGUGGCUGUGGAAAAACCCAAUUGUGCCUUCAUCUAAGCAUUUUAGCACAAUUGCCACAAUGUUAUAAAGGCCUCAAUGCAAAAAUACUGUAUAUUCAUUCUGAAGGAGACUUUCCCAUCAAAAGGUAUAUGCAAAUGACUGAACAAUUUAAACAAAAAUGUGCUGGUUAUAAAGCCUUGAAUUUAAGUGAUAACCUUAUCUUGAAAAAAGUGUCAAACCUGAAGGAGACUAUGCAUGUUCUGCAGCAAAGUAUACCGGACCUACUAAAGAAGGAAGUUAAACCUAAAAUCCUUGUCAUUGAUUCUGUUGCUGCUGUGCUGCGAUGUGAAUAUGAGUCCAUGAAUAUGCGUACACUCCUUAUUUUGCAACUUGUUACACAGUUAUGGAACUUAGCAAAUAAUCAUCAAAUGUUUGUUAUUUGUGUCAAUCAAAUUAGUGGCAGCGUCCAACAAGCAACUGAUGUUCCAGCUUUAGGUUUAUUGUGGGCCAAUGCCUUGACAACAAGACUAAAAAUUUCCAGAGCCAGCCCAAAUGGAGAAAUAGUUCCUCGCAUUCUGGAAGUAAUAUUUUCAUCCUAUCAUGCCAGAGUGAAAUCAGAGUUUAUAAUUUCUAGGAAUGGAAUAGAACCAAUUGUAUAGAGUGCAAAGUAUUAAGUUUCAAAAAAAUCGAAAUAUUGAGAAGCAUUUUUUUAAGUAGUGAAGUAAUGAAAAAUAUAGCUUAAAGUUAGCAAAAAAAGUUGAAGCUGUGAUCUGGCUGCAACAAAGUAUUGUAUAAGAAUAAUUAAGAUGUAUUUUCAAUUCACAUUAUACUUAUAUAUACAGGGUGAUUAUAAUUAAAGUUCCACUUUCAAAACGC